AUGGUCUCCUUCAACCCCGACAAGGACAUUCCUGACCUCUCCGGCCGCGUCAUCCUCGUGACCGGCGGCAACAUUGGCAUCGGCAAGGAGACCGUCUUGCAGCUGAGCAAGCACAAGCCGGCACACAUCUACCUCGCGGCGCGCACCGAGUCCAAGGCCCAGGCCGCCAUCAAGGAGAUUCGCAAGAUCGUGCCCAACGCGGCGCCCAUCUCCUUCCUGAGCCUCGACCUCACCUCCUUCGACAGCAUCAAGAAGGCCGCCGCCGAGUUCCUGUCCAAGUCGGACAGGCUCGACAUUCUCAUCAACAACGCCGGCAUCAUGGCCACGCCCAACGGCACCACCAAGGAGGGCUACGAGAUCCAGUUCGGCACCAACCACGUCGGCCACGCCCUCCUCACCAACCUCCUGCUGCCCACCCUCAAGCGCACCGCCGCCGCCACGUCGCCGCCGCGCGACGUCCGCAUCGUCAACCUCUCGUCGCUCCUCGAGAACACGGCCCCGGCCACCAACCCCUACGACUUUGCCGGGCUCAAGACCGAACACACCUCCGUCAGCACCUUCACCCGCUACGGCAUUUCCAAGCUCGCCAACGUCCACCACGCCAGCGCCCUCGCCCGCCGCCACCCCGACCUCAAGGUCGUCUCGAUCCACCCGGGCGUCGUCCGCACCAACCUCGCCGCCUCCGGCCCCGGCGCCAAGUGGCCCAUCUUCAAGCCCGUCCUGUCCGUCCUCGGCCUCUUCCUGACCAACGUCGCCAACGGCGCCAAGAACAGCCUCUGGGCCGCCACGAGCCCCGACGUCCAGUCCGGCGGCUUCUACUUCCCCGUCGGCCUGCCCGUCAAGGACACCAAGGCCAGCAAGAACGCCAGGGACAAGGACCUCGAGGAGCAGCUCUGGGCGUGGACCGAGAAGGAGCUGGCGUCGCACGUCUAG